AUGGAGUUUGAUCUAAAGGAUAGGGAAAACAUGUCCCCUCAAGGCCAGCAGCCUAUGUUUUUGUUUGACAACUGUCUAAAACCCUUUGAAGCCACGACCCCAUCUUCAUCCUCCAAGGAUUUUUAUCUGCAAGACUUUCACCACCUCCAUCAUGAUCCUCAAAUUCACGUCAACGUCUCGUCGUCUUCGAACCCUGUUCUUCUUUAUGAUUCUUUUGAUGCAUUCCCUUACGGUUGCUCCGCAAACAAUGUCGAUUUUUACGAGUGUAAGCCGUUUGAUGCGGAGCACGGACAUGAACAGGUUAUGGACGACUUGGGGAGCGUGGGAUUGUUGAGCCUUCUUCAACAGAGGAACUCGACCAAUGAUGUUAUUAUGGGAUCGGACAUGGCGGCGCCCUUUGAUUUUGUAGUGGGGGGUGAGACUGCAGAAAAUGGUUACUACAACAAGAAUAGGGUAUUGGCUAAUCCAACGUAUAGGAGGACUAGUAAUUGGAAAGUUCGUAAGAAGUCAAAUGGAGUGAAGGGACAGUGGACAAUGGAAGAAGACAGGCUGUUGAUUCAGUUGGUUGAACAGUAUGGAGUGAGAAAAUGGUCUCAUAUUGCUCACAUGUUGCCUAGACGAAUAGGGAAGCAAUGCAGAGAGAGAUGGCACAAUCAUCUAAGGCCACAUAUCAAGAAGGACAAAUGGAGUGAGGAGGAGGAUAAGGUCUUGAUACAGGCCCAUAUGGAAAUAGGAAACAAAUGGGCGGAAAUUGCCAAGAGGCUCCCAGGAAGAACAGAAAACUCCAUCAAAAACCACUGGAAUGCAACCAAAAGAAGGCAAUUUUCAAAGAGGAAAUGCCGUUCCAAGUACCCUAGAGGCUCCAUCUUGCAGGAAUACAUCAAAAGCUUAAACUUGGAGUCCAGCAGCAGCAGCACAAGAUCCCAAAAAAAAUCUUCCAACGCUACUGCUUUGGAUUUUUGCCCCAGCAGUACUGACCGUUUGGUGCCAGAAUAUGAAUUCAAUGAAUUUUCGUUUGAUGAGAAACUGCUUCAAGAGAGCUGCAGCAUUGACUCUCUGCUUGAUCAAAUACCCACUGCUGAGCAGGAUAUGGGGCCUGUGAAGGAGCUGGACUUGGUGGAGAUUAUCUCAGCCCACCCUAAAAUCUAA